AUGGGACAUCCCGUGGCAGUGAAUUCCAUGGCUCCAUUCCAGGUGGUCACCAGGAAGUUCUCCAGAGCCCCAGCCAGCUUCCUGGAAAGACUGAACAUUUGGCGCAAAUACGAUGCUGACUGCAGUGGCUUUAUAUCAGCUGCUGAACUUUGUAACUUCCUCCGAGACCUCUUCCUCCACCACAAAAAGGCCAUUUCAGAGGCUAAGCUGGAAGAAUAUACUGACACCAUGAUGAAGAUCUUUGACAAAAAUAAAGAUGGCCGGUUGGAUCUUAAUGACUUGGCAAGGAUUCUGGCUCUUCAGGAAAAUUUCCUUCUCCAAUUUAAAAUGGAUGCUUGCUCCACUGAAGAAAGAAAAAGGGACUUUGAGAAAAUCUUUGCUCACUAUGAUGUUAGUAAAACUGGAGCCCUAGAAGGCCCAGAAGUGGAUGGGUUUGUCAAAGACAUGAUGGAGCUUGUCCAGCCCAGCAUCAGAGGGGUGGACCUUGAUAAGUUUCGGGAGAUUCUUUUGCGCCACUGCGACGUGAACAAGGAUGGAAAAAUUCAGAAGUCUGAGCUGGCUUUGUGUCUUGGGCUGAAAAUCAACCCCUAA